ACAAGCUCAGCGGUAAGCAGCAGCAUUGUUCAUAAUUACCAAUGCAGCAUUUCUUUUAUGAUUCAAACGCGUUUAGAAGGGAAAGGAAAUAUUGACGAUGAAUCGUGGGAAAGCUUUGUAAAUCAACAGUGGAGCGUCACAUCCAAGUAGUUAUCUGCAGUCUUCCUGUAUUGGAGCUGAGAAAAAAUCAAGAUGGAAAUGGAAACUACUUUUCACUUUUCAACACCUUCUACGUUCUCACUUCAUUAAAAGAGAACCUAUGUCAGUAUCGGCACGUGGGAGCCGUCGGAAGAUCAAAUAAACCAGAAUCUGAAGCCAGUCUACAUCAAGGUGAAGUAAUGGCCUUCUUGGACAAUCCAGCCAUCAUUCUGGCCCACAUCAGGCAGUCUCAUGUAACCAGUGAUGACACAGGAAUGUGUGAGAUGGUUCUAAUCGACCAGGAUGUGGACCUGGAGAAGUGCCAGCUGGCUCUGGUACCUGGCAGCACCUGUGGGUCGGCAACAUUAGACUCCUUAAGUGAGGGGGUCAGCACCAUGACAGACAGUCACACGUGUGACCUCUCCCAGUCUAUGGACAUUACCUCUAGCUGGGACUUCGGUAUCCGUCGACGCUCCAACACAGCCCAAAGACUUGAAAGACUGAGGAAGGAGCGUCAAAAUCAAAUCAAAUGUAAAAAUAUUCAAUGGAAGGAAAGGUCAUCUUCCCAAUCAGUGGAGGAUUUGGCAUCCUUUUUUGAAAAGCGAGAUUUUAAAGACAGACAGCGGUCAACAUGUGUGAAGUCCACACUUUCGCUCCGACUGGAACAGUGUCCCCAGCAGCUCAACAACCCUUUCAAUGAAUACUCCAAAUUUGAUGGCAAGGGCCACAUUGGCACAACUGCUACAAAAAAAAUAGACGUCUACCUCUCGAUGCAGAUAGCUCAGGAAAAGGUUCAUCCCAUGACUGUGGUAACAAUUGCCAACGCUCGGGUUCAUGAUCUCAUCGGGCUUAUUUGUUGGCAAUACACAAGCGAGGGGCGAGAACCCAAACUUAAUGAGAACGUGAAUGCAUAUUGCCUACAUAUUGCAGAAGAUGAUGGUGAAGUGGAUACAGACUUCCCUCCCCUGGACUCUAAUGAGCCAAUCCACAAGUUUGGUUUCAGCACUCUUGCACUGGUGGAGAAGUACUCCUCCCCUGGCAUUGGUUCGAGACAAUCACUGUUUGUCAGAAUAAAUGCUGCUCAGGGUUUUUCCUUAAUCCCAGUGGACAGUCUGAAAGUGACCAUGAAGGAAAUUCUUCAGAAAGCUCUAAAAAAGAGAAAAGGCUCACAGAAAGGAUCAGGUCCGAUGUAUCGUCUGGAGAAGCAAACAGACCCAAAUAUUGCAGUAGACCUUGAUUCCACACUUGAAAGUCAAAUCACCCUGGAGUUUUGCCUGGUCAGAGAAAACAGUUCCAGGGGUGAGGAGAGCUCUGAGGAAGAUCUCCCCAUUGACAUCACCACCGUCCAGGAUAUGCUGAGCAGCCACCACUAUAAGUCCUUCAAGAUUAGUAUGAUACAUAAGCUGCGCUUCACGACAGAUGUUCAGCUCGGAAUUUCAGGAGAAAAAGUGGAGAUCGAUCCUGUGACCAACCAGAAGGCCAGCACAAAGUUCUGGAUUCGUCAGAAACCCAUUUCCAUCGAUUCAGACCACCUGUGUGCCUGUGACCUUGUUGAGGAAAGAAGCCCUAAUCAUGCCAUAUUUAAGAUCACUUAUCUGAGCAACCACGACUACAAGCCUCUCUACUUUGAGUCGGAUUCCGCUACAGUCAAUGAAAUAGUUCUCAAGGUCAAUUACAUCCUGGAGUCUCGUGCUAGCACCACACGGGCCGAUUAUUUUGCCCAAAAACAGAGGAAACUUAGCCGCCGAACAAGUUUCAGUUUCCAGAAGGACAAGAAGACUGGCCAGUAGCCAGAAUGGCCAGAAUGGAUGCCGCUUCCAGAUGUACACAGACACACGAAGUAGCCUUGUGGAGACUACGGAUGGAUUGGAAAGAUUUUUUUGUCUUUACAUUCAUGCGCUUUUUUUUUUAAUGAUACUCAAUAUGUACUUUUUUCUCUCAGAUUUGAUGUAUUGAUUGAUUAUUGCGUUAUUUUCUUUGUGCACCAAGUGGCAGCAGACUGUGAAAGUAAAAGACGACAAUGGACAAAAAGUUCAAUUUCUAGUAUUCUAAUAAUUUCAAGUAUUAGAAAUAUGCAUUGCAGUCAUCAUUUAGGCACAGACAGUGUUCACUUCAUGGAGAAGGAAGUGGUCAUUUAGGUAAGGAAACUGCAUUUGGUUACAUAUAUCGAUAAUUUGCUCCAUCAGCAACAAUGACUUAUAAAUAAAAAAACAUGCAGUGAGUGGGCAAUGUGGAUUAAAAUCAAGUUUGUUUGUGUCUAUAGGAAUCUGUUAUUUACAGAUUACACUAUUUACACGGUUUAAUGUCAAAGAAAUAGAGACGCAUUAUUUCUUAAGGUCACAAUAUCGAUGCUAAAUUUUGUAUUUUCAUGUAUUAUGGUUUUAUUAGUAGUACCUAUCCGGUGUCGAACGGCAACAAUCUCCCCUCAUGAUUUUGAAUAGCAUUAAAGCGUUUCCUAGAUCGUGACUUUGAAUUGCAUUGCCAAUGGUUGUUGUUGUUAAAGGGGACCUAUUAUGCUUUUUCCACUUUUCUGACCUAUAAAUGUAGUUAGAAUGUUGUAUUCUCGUGUUAAACGAUGCCAAAGUUUCAGAUAAUGAGGUUUGUGCAUUUGGAAGUGAGCCCUGAAAGAAGUUUGGGAGGGCACAAAAUGCUCUGUUUCACAAGGCGUGGUAAAACUGUUCUUUUGUGAUGUCACAGAGGCGCGGACUUCCUUAUAUGGGUGUGGCUGUAAGCCACAUAAACUCUCUGCCCUCCCCCAAUCACUGUUCUGCUGUAUACAGUACUUGCUAGCAAAGGGAAAGCCACAUUUGCUUCCAAUUCCCAAAGACGCCACCAUCAGGCACAAGUGGUUGGAGUUCCUGAUUCCCUACCAGCAAAAGAAAUGCAUUUUAAUCUGUCAAUGGCAUUUUACACCGGACUGUUUUGUGAACAUGGGUCAGUAUGCAGGGCUUAAAGUAUUCCGGCACCGUUCCGGCGUUUCAAUAUGACCAACGGAAAAAAAUAAUAAUAAUCUUCCGGACCCAGACAAACACAAACUAAUUGUAGCCAUGCGGUACAAUUACGAAUAACUACUUCACAAUUGGGCGGCACAGCGGUCUAGUGGUUCACGCGCAGACCUCACAGCUAGGAGAUCAGGGUUCAAUUCCACCCUUGGCCAUCUCUGUGUGGAGUUUGCAUGUUCUCCCAGUGCAUGCGUGGGUUUUCUCCGGGUACUCCGGUUUCCUCCCACAUUCCAAAAACAUGCUAGGUUAAUUGGCGACUCCAAAUUGUCCAUAGGUAUGAAUGUGAGUGUGAAUGGUUGUUUGUCUAUAUGUGCCCUGUGAUUGGCUGGUCACCAGUCCAGGGUGUACCCCGCCUCUCGCACGAAGACAGCUGGGAUAGGCUCCAGCACCCCUGCAACCCUCGUGAGGAAAAAGCGGUAGAAAAUGAAUGAAUGAAUGAAUAAUUCACAAUUAAAAAAUAUCAGAGAGACCGCAGUGCAAUGCCCGGAUCAUCCAAUGAGUGACUGGUGUUCAGCAGUCGGGGGUGGAGACAGAGCAGUCUGCCUGCCCCUCACGAGUCCCUUGCUUUGUAAACAUCCUACCUUUCACCUUAACUGGGUUUCAUAUGCUGUUUUGACCGGGAGGUUAUUCUGUUGGGCUGCAUUUAGUUGCUAUUUACUUCUGGGGUUGGGCGUUGUCCUGUUGGCUCUGUUAGCAUUAGCUCGCUAACGUUAAGGCUGUUGACAGUGUAACGUUCACAUUGGCUUUAAACAGUUAAUUAAGUAAUUUGGUACCUUUAAGUUAGU